CUUGAACAAUGAGGAGCAUUUGCUUGACCGCAUCGAUGAUGUCGGUGAUCUCUCUAUCUCAUGCUUUCCUCCCUCCUCCUUACCCGACCAGCGCCGCUCUUUCAUCAUCACGGUGGCUCCGGAGCAGCAGCAACGCCCAGAUCCUCCAAAUGUGGGCACCACAUGCGGCCGAGCCAUCGUCGUCACGAAGAGAGUGGAUCAAGCAGAACAGCGCUGGCGCUGCUUUGGUGGCCGUUCCAUUGCUGCUUGUGAGAGGGGCGGAUGCGGCCGAAGGAGAGGACGUGAAGCUCUUCACUGAUGUGGAGCCCUUCGUGGAGGAAGUCUUGCAAGCCAGGUCAGGACACGGCCGCCUCUCACUCACUGACUCACUCACUCACUGAAAAACUGGAUGGUCGUGUCGGCUGCUGCAUGGGUCUCUUCUAUGCGUCGUGCAGGACGGCCUUCAGUCGGAUUCAGCCUUUCAUCGAUGACAAGGUGCGUAGGGGCCAAGGUGCCAACGGCUCACUAUCCCAUGCGUUUGUUGACCUGCCUGACUGCCUGCCUCCCUGCAGGACUACACGUCGGUUCGGAGCCUCCUGCGUGCCGGAGCGAUGAGCAGCCCCCGUGUGUCGGUGUUUCGCAUCAUCAAGCGCCUCAAGGGCGACGACAAGAAGGCCCUUGAGGCGGCCUACGGCGACUGGAAGAGCGCCAUCGACGCCUUCGACAAGAAAUGCACCGAAGGGGAGCGAUAUGGGCUGGAGGGGGACAGUGAGAGGGAGUGGCGGAGAAUGUGGAGCGAGCUGAGGACCAAGUUUGACACGAUGGUGGUGGCGCUGCCAUUCAGGGAGGAUGUGGAGAACAGACUGGCAGCCAGACAGACCGGGGGCAGAUAGACACAUGAAUAGAUACAGAGGGACGAUGGCCGGCCCGUGCCGAUUGCUGUGCCUCUACGCCCGCCAGCCGUUACUUGCUUGCCGGAUCUUAGCAAUGCAGAGCCGCGAGUGAGCGUAGAGGCACAUCGAACCGGGCGACGGACGCAUUUGUCAGGUUUGGUUCAUGCAUUGGUCGGUCGCUGCUGAGUGGGGAGUGCAUGGCAUGCAUUGAUUGAUCGCAUUCGUGGGUGGGUGCAUUGCAUUGAGUACGUGGCCACACACACAUGUGUCCGUGUGGAACGAACGGCGGGACGGACGGAUAUUCGUGUGGUGUGUUAUGUACAUAGACAGACAUUGCUUUAAGCCAGCCAAUAGGGACGAGCAACGACAUUAAUGAAGUGGAUGAAUAAAUUUCACCA